AUGGCCGAAGAACCCCCAACGAAGAAGAAGUGCCUCGGUGUCGACUGCGAAAAUGAGGCCAGCUCCCUCCAGUGCCCCAAGUGCUUGAGCUUGGGUAUCAAGGACAGCUUCUUCUGCUCGCAGGACUGCUUCAAGAAGAACUGGGCCACACACAAGUCCAUGCACAAGACAGAGACCAACACCGGCUACUACAACCCAUUCCCAACCUUCCGCUUCUCUGGACCCCUCCGACCAGUUUAUCCUCUUUCUCCCAAGCGCGAAGUCCCCAAGUCGAUACCUCACCCCGAUUACGCCGAAGAUGGUAUUCCCAAGGCUGGCCGAUCUCUCGUUAGGGCGAACAAGAUUGAGCAGCUCAACGCCAAGGAGCAGGAUGGCAUGCGCAAGGUCUGCCGUCUGGCGAGAGAAGUUUUGGAUAUCGCGGCUGCUGCCCUGAGGCCAGGCAUCACCACCGACGAGAUUGACGAGAUUGUUCACAAGGCCUGCAUUGAGCGCAACUCUUAUCCGUCGCCCUUGAACUACAACCACUUCCCCAAGUCUGUGUGCACAUCAGUCAACGAGGUUAUUUGCCACGGCAUUCCCGAUAAGCGCGUUCUUCUUGAUGGCGAUAUUGUCAACCUUGAUGUCACUCUCUACCACGAAGGCUUCCACGGCGAUCUCAACGAGACCUACUACGUAGGCGACCGCGCCAAGGCCGAUCCUGAUACUGUCCGGGUCGUUGAGGCUGCGCGCGAGUGUCUGGACAAGGCGAUUGCGAUGGUCAAGCCCGGCACUCUCUUCCGCGACUUUGGCAACACGAUCGAGGCCCAUGCCAAGAGCAAGGACUGCAGCGUUAUCCGUACUUAUGUUGGCCACGGCAUCAACCGUAUCUUCCACUGCCCUCCCAACAUUCCUCAUUAUGCCAAGAACAAGGCUGUUGGCGAGUGCAAGCCCGGCAUGACCUUCACCAUUGAACCUAUGAUCGCGCUGGGCAAGUAUAGGGAUAUCACUUGGCCCGAUAACUGGACCAGCACUACUAUUGACGGCAAGAAGACUGCCCAGUUUGAGCACACCCUACUUGUAACGGAGACCGGUGUUGAGGUUUUGACUGCUCGUACACCAACAUCGCCUGGCGGGCCAGUCGCCAUGCCUGCUUCUUCUUAA